AUGGCUUUAUUGCCAGAUUUAGACGUCAGAACUGUUCUAAAUGUCGUAGAGGAGAACUUUGAGCGAAUCCGAUUGAAAGCGUAUGCUAUUCGCAUGAUAUAUACUGGCGAACACGCUCUAGAUAAAGAAGAAAUAAUAAAACACUUUAAAGCAACGAUAGACGAUGUGAACUCUAGUUAUUGUGAUAUUAAUGUGCGAGGAUUGCUUUUGGUUUACGACAGCUACUUUGUACAUGUUGUCGAGGGCUCAGAAGAUACAGUAUAUAGACAUUUAAGAUUUCUGUUUGAGCGCGAACGUAAAUGGAUAGAAGAAAAACUCAAAGAGGAUGAAUCAGACGAGGUAGUUGAAGGAGUUGCAAUAAUGUUAGAUGAGGAACUGAAGGAGAAAUCUGAAAAGAAGAUAUUUAAACGAGUAAAGAUGUUAACGAUUUAUCAUUCAAUACAAACGCUUUUGUUUGACGAUUGGCGAGCGUUCAUAGCACGACCGCCUUCACUUAUUGGAACCCUCAAUGUUCAUGGACCGAUGUCAGAGCAUAUGGAACAACUGCGGAUAUGCCUCGACAAGAUGACAAGAAUCUGUGCGUAUGCAAAAGCAGAUGAAAAUUUGUCGUUCAAAGGAUUAAGCGCCGUAGAUCCCAGAAUAGAGGCUUUGCCAGAAGUGGCGCUGAUAGACUGUCUUCUGCAAUCGCGGUACAUUUUGGACCUCCGCCAUGUUGCUCACCUGCAUCGCCGUGUUGAUGAUUAUACCUUCUAUUUUGAAAAUGUGUGGCCACUUCCAACACAUUUCACACCUAGACACCUAUACAAGUUGAAAAUAGAUGACUCGUUUGUGGAACCUUUACCCGUCAUGCCGUGGGAAUUAGUUAAAAAGGAGGCUGAAGACGAGGAAAGAGAGGAACGGCAAAGUGGCAGCUCCGAUAGCGAUUAAAAAGGUAAUCCUGGCAAUGUAUUUGAAAAUGGUCUAACUGGUCAGUGUGAUAAAAAACAUUAAAAUUGAUUAAUACUCAAAUCUAUUUAAUGAUUUUGAACGC